AUUAAAGUAGAGUUGGGAAAUGUGAGACCGCCCCCUUUCAGGAGUCAAAGAAAAAAAGAGGAGAGCGAGGGAAAAAAAUCGAUUAUUUCUCCUCGCACCGGGAGAGUAGAGGUUUAGUGAAAGACUCGGUCGGGAUUGUGGGAAGGAAACAGAAACAGCGUCUCAACAUCACUGUCAAGCUCCAGACGUCCAGCGCGUCCACCUCCGGCACAGCCUCUACGCAGCUCCGCCGAGUCCUUCGCCGCUCAACCGGCACCUCGCAGAGAGACCAGGCGAAGCGUCCUCACCGCCUCCUGAGAAGACACUGUCCGAUCAGAGAGAGAGAGAGAGAAAGAGAGAGAGAGAGGGGGGGAGAGCAAGAGAGAGAGGGAGAGAGAGAGAGAGUAGUUUGCUCUGACAUUAUAGAGACUCCUACCGCGUACUGUAGGUUACUUUUUUUUUCCUCUCCCGGCGCCGUCCUCUGCUAAGUUGCGCUUCUGGAUUUUAAGUGCGUCUCGGCGAACUCAGUCUCCACCAAGCAGCGGCUUCAGCCUUCCUGUCAAACAGCCGGGCCAAAACAGCCGGCGGACCGCUUGUUGUCGCCUCUACGCUUCACCCGGACAAGAUUUCACGCGAAAUAAAGUACAGAUGCUGGAAUCUUUGAGUUGAUUGGAACAAAUAGAAAGCAGAAAAAAGAGACAGAUAAAAGAAGAGCAGAAGAGUGACACGAAAGAGAAGAGAGAAGAAGAAAGAGGAGAGGGAAGAAAGCUUAAAGUUCUUUAGAAAGAGGAGAGAAAGAAAGCGACGGGGACGAUGGGGAGGAAAAAGAUUCAGAUCACGCGGAUUAUGGAUGAACGCAACAGACAGGUGACAUUUACAAAGCGAAAGUUCGGCCUGAUGAAGAAGGCAUACGAGCUGAGCGUGCUGUGUGACUGUGAGAUUGCCCUGAUCAUCUUCAACAGCACCAACAAGCUGUUCCAGUACGCCAGCACAGAUAUGGACAAGGUCCUGCUUAAAUACACCGAGUACAAUGAGCCCCAUGAGAGCAGGACCAACUCUGAUAUCGUGGAGACAUUGAGAAAGAAGGGCCUAAACGGCUGUGACAGCCCAGACCCCGACGCAGACGACUCGGUUGGCCACAGCCCCGAGUCCGAGGACAAGUACAGGAAAAUAAACGAGGACAUUGAUCUGAUGAUCAGCAGACAGAGACUGUGUGCAUUGAACAAGAAGGAGAACAAAGGUGGCGAGAGCCCGGAGCUCGACUCUGCUCUCAUCCUCACCCCACGCACUGAGGAGAAAUACAAACAGAUUAACGAGGAGUUUGAUCACAUGAUUAAAACCCAUAAGAUACCUCAGGCUGUGCCCCCAUCGAACUAUGACAUGCCUGUGUCCAUUCCUGUUAGCAACCAGAACAAUCUCAUUUACAGCCAUCCCGGCGGAUCCCUAGGCAACCACAAUCUGUUGCCACUGGCACACCAUGGUCUACAGAGAAACAGCAUGUCUCCUGGAGUUACACACAGACCCCCCAGUGCAGGUAACACAGGUGGCCUCAUGGGUGCUGACCUCACCACUGGCGCAGGCACCAGUGCUGGAAAUGGAUAUGGGAACCACCGCAACUCGCCUGGUCUGCUGGUCUCUCCAGGUGGCAUGAACAAGAACAUGCAGGCGAAGUCUCCCCCACCCAUGAACUUGGGCAUGAACAACCGCAAACCUGACCUACGUGUGCUCAUCCCCCCUGGCGCCAAGAACAACAUGCCCUCCAUUUCCGAGGAUGUCGAUCUGCUAUUGAACCAGAGAAUAAACAACUCUCAGUCUGCUCAGUCAUUGGCCACCCCUGUGGUAUCAGUAGCAACUCCCACUCUACCAGGACAAGGCAUGGGUGGUUACCCGUCUGCCAUUUCUACUUCUUAUGGUACCGAGUAUUCCCUGAAUAGCGCAGACCUGUCCUCCCUGUCUGGCUUCAACAGUGGCAGCUCCCUACACCUUGGCUCAAUGAGUGGGUGGCAGCAGCAACACCUUCAGAACAUGCAGCAUUCAGCCCUCGGCCAGCUAGGAAAUUGCUCUAGCUCUCACUUAUGUCAGGGUUCAAAUCUCUCCCUGCCCUCUGCUCAAAGCCUGCACAUCAAGUCCGAACCUGUUUCUCCUCCUAGAGAUCGCACCAGCAGCACACCGGGGGGCUACGGCGGCGGGGUGCCGCCUCCCCAGAACCCCUCGUCCCGCCAGGACUCGGGACGCUCUCCCGUCGAUAGCCUGAGCAGUUGUAGCAGCUCCCACGAGGGCAGCGACCGGGAUGAGCACAGGAAUGAGUUCCACUCACCUCUGGGACUGGCCCGGCCCGCCAUGGAUGAGCGCGAGAGCCCCUCCAUCAAACGGGUGCGCCUGUCAGAAGGAUGGGCGACAUGAUAGCGCUGUCCUCUCUCCCUGGCAAGUGCCCCAAGUUGCCCUGAAACAACCCCCCUCCAACCACCCCCACCCCCACCCCCACCCCACCCCCUGACAACGCAGCAUUGCGAUGCACCCCCCCCCCCCCCUCCGAAUCAGCUCCCUCCUCUUGCUCCUCUCACUCGAGACCACGAGUCACUCGCCACCCCGACCCCACGGCCUCCCUCCUUUUAUCUCUUCAACGCCGAAGGAAAGAAAAGGGACGAGACCCUUUUCAGAAUCUGUAAUUUCUUUUCCUUUUUUCUUUUUGCCGAGUGUGUGUGUGUGUGUGUGUGCGUGUGCUAUACGUAUUGACAUUAUAUAAACCAGUGGGGUGUUGUAGUGAGGGGUUUGGGAGGGUGGGCGUUGGUCGGGAAGGGAUCCGGGGGGGUAUUUUUUUGUUGGGGAACUAUGCAUAAAUUGUAUCGUGUGUGGAUAAAAAAAAGAAUCACGUAUGCAUAUAUCUUUACACGUGUGUGUGUGUACAUAUAUGCAUAUCAACAAACUUAAAAAAAAAAAUAGUCAGGUACUCUGUU